AGGAGCCGCAGGGCACAGGGGCUGCGGGUCCGGUGGACAGCGGGGGCACCCUCGCGCCCCGCGGCCCCGUCCCUGUUUGCAGAGCCCGGCUUUGUAGGAAGCCAACCUCAGAGAGGCCGACGGGAUGGCCAGCUCAGCCCGGGAGCACCUGCUCUUCGUGCGGCGCCGCAACCCCCAGAUGCGCUACACGCUGAGCCCCGAGAACCUGCAGAGCCUGGCCGCCCAGAGCUCCAGGCCAGAGAACAUGACCCUGCAGCGGGCCAACAGUGACACGGACCUGGUGACCUCUGAGAGCCGCUCCAGCCUGACCGCCAGCAUGUACGAGUACACGCUGGGGCAAGCCCAGAACCUCAUUAUCUUCUGGGACAUUAAAGAGGAGGUGGACCCCAGUGACUGGAUUGGACUUUAUCACAUAGAUGAGAAUUCUCCGGCCAACUUCUGGGAUUCUAAAAACAGGGGUGUGACUGGCACACAGAAAGGGCAGAUUGUGUGGAGAAUUGAGCCUGGGCCCUAUUUCAUGGAACCAGAGAUAAAAAUCUGUUUUAAAUACUACCACGGCAUCAGUGGAGCCCUCCGAGCCACCACCCCCUGCAUCACCGUGAAGAACCCCGCUGUGAUGAUGGGGGCCGAGGGCGUGGAAGGCGGCGCCGCGGGGACUCAGCAUUCCCGCAAGCUCGUCAGCUUCACGUUGUCCGAUCUGAGAGCUGUUGGGCUAAAGAAAGGGAUGUUCUUCAAUCCAGACCCUUACCUUAAGAUGUCCAUUCAGCCCGGCAAGAAGAGCAGUUUCCCCACCUGUGCCCACCAUGGGCAGGAGAGAAGGUCUACCAUCAUCAGUAACACCACUAAUCCAAUUUGGCACAGAGAGAAAUAUUCCUUUUUUGCACUUCUCACUGAUGUCUUAGAAAUUGAAAUUAAAGACAAAUUUGCCAAGAGCCGUCCUAUCAUCAAGCGUUUCCUGGGGAAACUGACCAUUCCGGUCCAGAGGCUGCUGGAGCGGCAGGCCAUCGGUGAUCAAAUGCUCAGCUACAACCUUGGCAGGAGACUCCCCGCUGACCAUGUGAGUGGGUACCUGCAGUUUAAAGUAGAGGUUACAUCUUCUGUGCACGAAGAUGCUUCUCCAGAAGCUGUUGGCACAAUACUUGGGGUCAGUUCUGUGAACGGAGACCUCGGAAGCCCUUCCGAUGAGGAGGACCUGCCAGGGGGCCACCGUGACAGCCCGGUGUGUUCCAACGGGCCAGUUUCCGAGGACAGCGCGGAUGGGACCCCCAAGCAUUCUUUCAGGACUAGCUCUACUCUGGAAAUAGACGCAGAGGAUUUAGCCUCUACUUCUUCGAGGACCUCCCCUUCCAGAGGACGUCAGGAUUCACUCAAUGAUUAUUUAGAUGCUAUUGAACACAACGGUCAUUCCAGGCCGAGCGCAGCUACCUGCUCGGAGAGGUCCAUGGGAGCCUCUCCGAAACUCAGGAGUAGUUUUCCCACCGACACAAGACUCAAUGCAAUGCUUCAUAUCGACUCAGAUGAAGAAGACCAUGAGCUCCAGCAGGACCUGGGCUACCCAUCUUCUUUGGAGGAGGAAGGAGGGUUAAUAAUGUUUAGCAGGGCAUCGAGAACUGAUGACGUGAGCCUGACGUCUCAGACAAAGCCAGAAGACAACCCUCUGGAGAUUGAAGAAGCCUCCACAACGGAUGCUGCUUCCUUGGAGGAGAAGCCGGAAGAUCUUCCAGAAGUUGCGGAGAGCUCCUCGCUCUCCGGCCCCGUCCCGGAUGGAAGUGGAAAUGGCCCAGAGUCUCAACCCAGUGCCGACCAGGGCAGCACGGAGUUGUGUGGCUCUCAAGAGGUAGAUCAGCCCGCGAGUGGGGCAGACACAGGGACCUCGGACGCUUCGGGAGGAAGCCGGAGAGCCAUCAGUGAGACUGAGUCCCUUGAUCAGGCGUCUGAGCCUUCCCAGGUGUCCUCGGAAACAGAGCCCAGUGACCCUGCCAGGACAGAGAGCGUGAGCGAGGCCAGCACCAGGCCCGAGGGGGAGAGUGACCUGGAAGGCGCUGACAGCUCCUGCAACGAGAGCGUCACCACGCAGCUGUCCUCGGUGGAGACCCGGUGCUCAUCUCUCGAGAGUGCGCGGUUUCCCGAAACCCCAGCCUUUUCUUCUCAGGAGGAGGAAGAUGCAGCCUGUGCAGCAGAACCCACCAGCAGUGGCCCGGCCGAAGGGUCACCAGAUUCCAUAUGCACUCCUGGCUCUCUUCCUGUGGUGCAGGUGCCCAGCGGAGAGGAGGAAGGGCCGGGGGCAGAAUCGGCCGCUCUACCUGACCAGGAUGAGGUUGGGGAGGUCUGGCAGCGGAGGGACAGCCUAGAGGGAGCUGCCACUGCUUCUGCCUCUGCCGCUGCCGGGAGCCAGCCCCCAGAAGAGGGUGAUGCCGGGGACGCCCAGGGGGCUUGCGAAGGGGCCGCUGCCCAGGAGGAGGGCGCUACUGGAGGUUCCCAAACCGAUGGCCACCAGCCCCUGCGGUCGCUGCCUUCAGUGCGCCAGGACGUGAGCCGGUACCAGAGGGUGGACGAGGCUCUCCCACCAAACUGGGAGGCACGCAUAGACAGCCAUGGCAGGAUCUUCUACGUGGAUCAUGUGAACAGAACCACGACGUGGCAGCGGCCAACAGCUCCCCCCGCCCCGCAGGUGCUGCAGCGGUCCAACUCCAUACAGCAAAUGGAGCAGCUGAACCGGAGAUAUCAGAGCAUCCGCAGAACCAUGACCAAUGAGAGGCCUGAGGAAAACACCAGUGCUCUUGAUGGGGCUGGGGAGGAAGCCGACUUCCACCAAGCCAGUGCAGAUCUCCGCCGGGAGGGCGUCCUGCCUCACUCUACCUCCAGAUCCAGGCUCACGUUGCUGUUACAGUCGCCCCCUGUGAAGUUCCUCAUCAGCCCGGAGUUCUUCACCGUGCUACAUUCUAACCCCAGUGCCUACCGCAUGUUUACAAACAACACGUGUUUGAAGCACAUGAUCACCAAAGUCCGGCGGGACACCCACCACUUUGAACGCUACCAGCAUAACCGGGACCUGGUGGGAUUCCUCAACAUGUUCGCAAACAAACAGCUGGAGCUGCCGAGGGGCUGGGAAAUGAAACACGAUCACCAGGGCAAGGCAUUUUUUGUGGACCACAACUCCCGCACCACCACUUUCAUCGACCCCCGGCUCCCACUUCAGAGCAGUCGACCCACGAGCGCGCUGGUCCAUCGGCAGCACCUGACGAGGCAGCGCAGCCACAGUGCAGGCGAGGUAGGGGAAGAUUCUCGACACGCAGGGCCACCGGUUCUUCCCAGGCCAUCAAGCACGUUCAACACCGUCAGUCGGCCACAGUACCAGGACAUGGUUCCCGUGGCUUAUAAUGACAAGAUUGUUGCAUUUCUGCGCCAACCCAAUAUUUUUGAAAUUCUACAGGAACGUCAACCUGAUCUUACCAGGAACCACUCACUCAGGGAGAAGAUCCAAUUUAUCCGAACUGAAGGGACCCCAGGAUUGGUGCGUCUUUCAAGUGAUGCAGACCUCGUGAUGUUGCUAAGUUUAUUUGAAGAAGAGAUAAUGUCUUACGUGCCUCCACAUGCCUUACUCCACCCCAGCUACUGUCAGUCCCCACGUGGCUCCCCUGUGUCCUCUCCCCAGAACUCGCCAGGUACGCAGCGUGCUAAUGCCCGGGCCCCAGCCCCUUACAAGCGGGACUUUGAAGCCAAACUAAGGAACUUCUACAGGAAGUUAGAGACUAAAGGAUAUGGACAAGGCCCAGGGAAAUUAAAGUUAAUUAUCAGAAGAGAUCACUUACUCGAAGAUGCUUUUAAUCAGAUCAUGGGCUACUCCCGAAAAGAUCUGCAGCGAAACAAGCUGUACGUCACCUUCGUCGGGGAGGAAGGGCUGGACUACAGUGGACCUUCCAGAGAGUUUUUCUUCCUGGUAUCCAGAGAACUCUUUAACCCAUAUUAUGGCUUAUUUGAGUAUUCAGCCAAUGACACAUACACAGUACAAAUAAGUCCCAUGUCUGCUUUUGUAGACAAUCAUCAUGAAUGGUUCCGGUUCAGUGGUAGGAUCCUGGGGCUUGCACUAAUACACCAGUAUUUGUUGGAUGCCUUCUUCACACGGCCCUUUUAUAAGGCUCUUCUCAGAAUUCUGUGUGACCUGAGUGACCUAGAAUACCUCGAUGAAGAAUUCCACCAGAGCUUGCAGUGGAUGAAGGACAAUGAUAUCCAUGACAUCCUGGACCUCACGUUCACUGUGAACGAAGAAGUUUUUGGGCAGAUUACCGAACGAGAAUUAAAACCAGGGGGUGCCAAUAUCCCAGUCACAGAGAAGAACAAGAAGGAGUACAUUGAGAGGAUGGUGAAGUGGAGGAUCGAGAGGGGCGUCGUGCAGCAAACGGAGAGCUUAGUGCGUGGCUUCUACGAGGUGGUGGACGCCAGGCUGGUAUCUGUUUUCGAUGCAAGAGAACUAGAACUGGUCAUCGCGGGCACAGCGGAAAUAGACCUAAGUGACUGGAGAAACAACACGGAGUAUAGAGGAGGAUAUCAUGACAAUCAUAUUGUAAUUCGGUGGUUCUGGGCUGCGGUGGAAAGAUUCAAUAAUGAACAACGACUACGGUUGUUACAGUUUGUCACAGGCACAUCCAGCAUUCCCUAUGAAGGGUUCGCCUCUCUUCGAGGAAGCAAUGGCCCAAGAAGAUUCUGCGUGGAAAAGUGGGGGAAGAUCACCGCACUUCCCAGUUCUUAAGAGUGAUGUUGUCGGCAUCCACCCAUGGGAAGAGCAGUGCAGGAAGCCCAGAUGCAGAGAGCAGCGACUAGUGCCAGCGCAGGGUGGCCCGACCUCCGCACUCACCUUGGUGCAUCUCAACCGUGAGCGGAGGCACUGCACUCAAACCCCGAAGUGCUACCUGGCACACCUGAUGUUCCAAAUUUGGCAGACUAUACUUUCAUUAUGUAAAGAACUCUUCCAUUUUAUUUGUGCCUGAAUCGUGUUUUUUUUCCACUUCAACUCAUAUGUGUGUCUUAAAAGCAGAUUUCCAUGGUCUGAGCAGGGCCUUUCGCCUUCUGGAGAAAUUCAAGCAUUAGCAUCAAGGAGGCAGGAAAUGGCAGAUGGAUUGUGCCCCUUUUCUGAAAGUCUGUUUUUGAAAAGAUUUACUUGUGUAAGGCAGAUGGAACAAACUGUAACGAGAACCAGAUCAGUUGUUCACAUUUAAUCACUGCAGUGUUCUCCAACCCUGGUGAGCAGGGAGAGGCAGUCUGGUGUAGUCAUGAAAGUUCAGCUUCAGAGAGACUGGGUUUCCUCCAAGUUCUGUUCUUACCCACAGCAGUGUUUUGGAGAAGUUGGAGAAAGUUGGAGAAAGUUACUCUUUCUAAGCCUCGGUUUCCUCAUCUUCCGUGUAGGUUGGUAAUACUGAAGAUUAAAUGAAAUCAUUUAUCUAAAACACUUAACUGCUGAUCCUGGCCCUGGAUAAGCAUCUAGUUAGUGGCUAAUGGCUGCCAUUAUGAUUUCUGUGACCAUCGUUGAUAAUAUGUACCAGGCAGUAGCGUACUGGAAAAAACGCAGGGUUGGGAGUUAGAAGACCUGGAUUCUAGGCCCACCUCUGCCACCAGCUACCUCUGGGACCUAGAAGAUCACUUGAUUUGGGGACCCCAGUUUCCUCUCACAUAAAAGGCUGGCGGUGGGGGAUGGUAUAAUAGGUUUGGUUGAGCAAGAAAUAACACCAACAGAUUGUUGAAGGAUCUCGGGGGUUGGGCUGGAUUUACUUUUUUACUUCCCCAGGAGCUCCGGGAAGUUCGUGUGCUGACUCACUAGAAGCGAGGGUGUUCUUCGGGGUUGUUGCACACACACAGUUGGGCAACAGGCGUUGUUGUUUCUCCCCUUCUUUUUUAUGACCUAAGGCUGCUUUUAGAUUCUUCAUUUUCCCCAGAUUAUAAAGUAGCAUAAAUAAAGAUGAGAUGAGGCACAUCAGGAAAGCAGUCUGUGUUCAUGUGUCUGUAACAAGCCCUAAUUCUUCAGGUCUGAUAGGCAGAAAGAGCUACUUGGCUAUUCCACUUCUCAUUCGUCUACUUAUGUAACCUCGUUUAACAGGCAUGACUGCUGAUCCAAGCCCUGUGAUGCACUAGCUCUGUGAGCCUAAGCAAGAGCCUAGAUCCCUCUCCGAAGAGGAGGAAUAACAAUGCUGUGCUCAAAGAGUAUUUGUGAGGAGUGAGUGAGAUGCUAUGCAUGGCGGUCCUCAGGGACAGUAGGUUCUUGUUAACUUUUUAACCUUUUAUCCUACAUCUUCUAUAAGCCACCAUACUGCUGUAACUAUUCAAAUGUGCUCCACAGAAAAAGUAUGUUUGGUGAAACACAAUGAAAAGAAGAACCUCACCAUCAGAAAUGAUUUCUUCACUGAUAACAUUUUCAUCACCCUUUGGGACAUGUGGGGUGUUACUUAGGUAUGAAAAAGAUCUGUAAGAUUGGCUCUGAUGUAAAGAGAUUAUCUUCGAUGGCUGAGUCCAUUUGUCCUUCCAUCAGAACUUCCAUCAGAAAGCUACCAGUUUCUGGUAGGUUUAAGCUGCAGGACUGAAGAGUGAUUUGUGUCAAGCCGGUCAACCCUAUGUUAUUUCUUUUACUUAUUAGUGAGAUGGUGUUUAUUUAAAAUGUAACAUUGUACACACUGGAGAUGAAAUGGAUGGAUGUCCUUCUUACUUGAAAAAUCAGUUCUCUAAAAAGUCCGACAUCAUCUCAGGUCCGGUAUGCAGUGGGGGAAUCUGCGGGGAGCUGCAGCAUGGAACGCUGGAAGUAGUUGUCAAGGAUGAGGGCAAGGAUGCUGGCAAACUGAGGACACCGCGGCCUUUCUAAACAGGGAGGCUUGGGAGCCUUGCAACCUUUUGAGCAAGCAAAUGUGGGUCUCGUCUUUUCUCAGACGUCCUAGUCUCACUUUGCGGUCGCAGUGAGUGCAGCACUACUCACCAUGUGGGCCAAGAAGUGUCAAAUUAUAUACGGGUUGCCUCGGAUGCCAGUGCAAGUUGAAUCAGUGGUCCUUUUUUUCUCUCUUGUGGUAAUAAAGUAACUAGAAACCCAGAUGAUAAAUAAUGAUAGGGGCAGACGGGUGUCUCCUUAGAGGCUUAUGGCAUGAACACAUCGCUGCACUUCCUCUGCUUCGUGGUUGGUAGUUAGCAGUAUACCUUGCAUUUGUGUAGAUGUCCUGCCCCCAGUGUUCUCGCGGACUUGUGAGACAGUAAUUCACUUUAUGGCGAUUGCUCGUAAACGUUCUGAGAAAUAGGCUGCUGCCAUGCUGCCAUGCUGCCUGCUGUGGAAAAAGCAGGGCAAAUCCUCUCUCCCAGCGUGGUCUGGGUUGACAUGCUCAUCUUUGAGGUUCUUGCCAAGGAAGAUCACAGAAGAGUUGGAGAGCUUCGGUCAUGAUGUUCUUUUAAAUAUCAUGCCAGUUCUGCCAAGGGGGGAAGCCUGGGUUUUUUUUUUUAAUGAUUCUGUCUGGAGAGUAUCGUGAAUGAAAUGCUGACCCAAAUUAAGAAGUAAGAGAAGCGAGAGUUAAUUAUGAAAUGAGUAUCUCAGGGAGAUGGUUUUUCUAGUGGAAUAGAACUUAAAAAAAUACAGUUAUUUUUUAAGAGAAAAAGAUAGCUUUUU